AUGUCUGCAUCUUCAGGAAUGAUCGACCCCGCAAUCUUCGAGGACCUGCAGACGAAGGUCGACGAGGAUACGGCCGUUCGCGACGAGCUCAAGGAUAUCAUCCAGGCGCUGGAAAAGCAGAACCGCAAUAUCUCUUUCGUGCUUUCAAGGGCGCACUCGACACCUUAUGCGGACCUUCCCAGCGUGCUCAAAGCCUCCGAGGAGCACAUCCGGAAUGCCAUUGAGACUGUCUCGAAGCUCGCGCAGGCCGCAUCGAAGCAGCCGUACUACAAGUUCAACGGCAUGUGGUCCCGACAGGUGCAGGAUGCACUACAAGGCAUACUCUUCUGGGCCUGGCUUGGCGGCAAAGAUUACAGUGGUAGCGAGGCAAAGUGCGGACGCCUGCUGACACUUGAGGAGCUCGGCGAAGUGCUAAAGGUGCCUACCAACUUGAAGGACAAAGACGAGUUCCACAUCACCAUCGAGGAAUACCUCAUCGCCCUGACUUCACUUGUCGAGGAGCUGACUCGCCUUGCACGCAAUGCCGUUACACUCGGCGACUACGAGCGCCCGCUUCUCAUCAAUCAGUUUGUCAAGGAUGUGUUUGCAGGCUUCCAGAUUCUCAACCUGAAGAACGACAUCCUGAGGAGGAAGAGCGACGGGCUCAAGUAUAGGGUCAAGGAUGUGGAGGAUGUGGUCUACGACUUAUCGCUGAGGAACCUGGUCCCGAAGAAGGGCGUCAAGGAGAAGCAGUAG